AUGCACGCGACACGGUUUCUUCUCAAGCGUUCCGGCCACACUUGGUGCCGUAAGCCGUCCGACCGGAUAUCGACUGAUUUGCCCACCGUUUCUAACAUGCGAUAUAGCCUCCCCAUUGUCUGGCCCAAGUCCACCAGCGACAAGGUGCCUCCAGUCCGAACACAAGCCCGAUCAGCCACGAUCCUGCCCAACUUUGUCGGUCUCAAGUUCGAGGUGCACAAUGGAAAGGAUUACCACGAGGUGACCAUUACUGAGGAUAUGGUUGGACACAAGCUUGGCGAGUUUGCACCGUAA